AUGUAUACAAGUCCACUUAUACAAAACGAAAUAAUAAAUUUGUUUGGUGAUUUAAUUCAGUCAAAAAUUCUUGAAAGAGUUUCAAAAACUAAUUUUUAUACAAUACUUGCAGACGAAACAACUGAUAUUUCUCAAAUUGAACAGUUCUCAUUAUGUAUCCGUUAUGUUGACGAGCAGGUUUUUUCAAUUCGAGAAGAUUUUCUUACAUUCGUUCCGGUAUAUGAUAUAUCUGGUGAAGGUUUGGCUAACACGAUUAAAGAAACAUUAAAAAAAAUUGGUUUUGAUUUGAAUAAAAUGCGAGGUCAGGGUUACGACGGGGCUGCAGCAAUGCGUGGUCGUUUUAGAGGUGUUCAGGCAAUUAUUAAAGAUAUGUACCCAAAAGUAUUAUACACACAUUGUGUAUCACACUCACUAAAUCUUUGUUUAUCGGAUGCUACAAAAUCUCAAGAUAUUCGAAAUGCUUUUGGUGUAAUAAUCCUCAAAAAUAAAAUAAAAGAAAUUAAACCAAAUUCACAAUCUACAAAAUUGAAAUCUUUAUGUGAAACUCGCUGGGUGUUACGCCAUGAAGCAGUUAUGCUUUUUAAAGAAUUUGUAGAACCCGUUGUAGCUGCAUUAGAAAAAGUGCAAAGUGAAUGUUCUGGGACCGAUUCUUCAAAAAGAGCAAAAAUAUUGAUUUAUUUAAUGCUCUUAAUCAAGUUUCUGGUGUAA